AUGUACGAGUACGCGAGCAGAAGAUCUUGCAACGAACUUUCUGCACGAACGUCCGACGACGUGCUGGAUGAGGAGCUGUCUGUUCUCCGGGAUUACCAAUGCAAGGUGCGCAGCAGGCGUCUUGUGGAAACCGUCUUGGACGCUUCAAGGUUGACGGGCACCUUUCCCGGAGGUACCAGGAAGCAGAUGCUGUCGUCCAUGCUCUGCAGGGAGGCUGCGAGACGGGGUUUCGUGUUUCCCCGUCGAAGAGAGACUGCGGAAGAACCGGCCGAAGGCGGAGGUCUCGUUCUAGAACCAGUGCCAGGCAUCCACGAUCACGUGGACGUGUACGACUUCAAGUCCUACUAUCCCAGGUUCGUCGUCGACCGGAACAUGGACGAGGCGACCGCUCUCGAAGACGGGUCCUUCGUCGACGCGAGCGUACUCGAAGGUCUUCUGCCGUCCGUACUCAAGAGGCUGGUGCGAGGACGGGACGAACGACCGGAACGGUCGGCCGCGUACAAACGGGUGGCGAACGCGUGCAUCGGAUGCCUGGCCAUCUCCGGAAGAGGUCGACUCUACAAACACGUGACGUCGAGCUGCCGGAGACAGCUGGACAAGUUGAAGAAUUGCGCCGAACGCAAUGGCGCUCGGGUGGUUUACGGAGAUACGGACUCGCUGUUCGUGAAGGUCGGGGCGAACGGCAUACCCGACUUGCAGAUGGAAUUCGAAACAACCGUCGGCGGAAACGGAUGGCAGAAGUUCGUCCGGAGGGAGACGUACAGACGGCUGCUGCUGACGACGGCGAAGAAGAGAUACGCGUACCUGCAAGAUGACCGUACAGUCGGCACGGUCGGCAUGCUGAAUGUGAGGGACGACGCGGAACCGCUAGUUUCCAAACUGGACCGGAAGUUGGUGGAGAUCGCUCUGACGCACGACGAUUCAGCGUCGGCUUUGGAGGCCUGCGCCGGUGCCUUCGUCGAACUCGCGGACGGUCUGAAGAGGACGAAGACGAUCUCGUUAUCGAGCGUUCGCCGACUGUCGAAGAAGGAAACGAACGCUCCCAAGUUCAGGAACCGACGAAUUUCGGGUGAUUCAGCCACAACGAAUCGUGCCUCUUGGUUAUGA